CCAAUCACACGCAAGCUAUUCCCACAGCCAGUUUCAGACCAUUCUGUAAUCCUCGGAGUAUCCAAAAGCGCCAUGCUGCGAACUUGCUUUCGUCUGGGCGAAGCGCUGAAUGCAGGCUGUCAUGGCACUCGGCACAACGAGAACAUUAUCCUCGAACUAUAUGCACGCGUGACAGAAUCAUGGCGUGAUGGCCUGCCAUGGCGAAAGCAGCAUUUUGUACUGCGGGACCUCUACCAUGAUAAGCCGCCGCAUCUCCUUGCCCUCUAUGGACAUUGGAGCCAAGGCCAGCUAUGGGCUGCCGAUAGUGAAGUAUUCCUCCAUGCCGCUAAGGCCAGGGUCAUUGGCACGAUGAAACGCGAUGGUAUGCAAUGGAGACUCCAGAUUCUAAGCAUUUGGGAGGCAAGCUGGGAAGACAUCAGGUGUGUCGCAGACGUGUGUUGCAUUUGA